UAUUAGUCUUUCUUUUCUAUUAUUAUCAUUAUCAUCGUUAUUGCUCUCCCUUUUGUCUUUCUUCUUGUAAAUGCUGCUGCUUUUACAAUUACAUUUUUAAUAUUCUCAUUUACACUAUCAUCAUUAACUUUAACGUAAUGAUUACACGAAAUGACUUUUUCGUUGGGCGGAGCUUUGUCAGCGAAGGCACUGAUCGCCUCCUCAACUCGGACGACUUUCAGGCAGAACGGCGAUGCACGUGGCAGCCAGGCAGGGGCACUGGGGGGCGCUGGAAGCUCUUGCGGCGAGCGGGGCCGACGUGGACCCCGUCGACGAUGCGGGCAACACGCCUCUCCACGACGCAGCUUCAAACGGACGGCUUCUGCGCGUGGGCGUCCUGACUGGCCUCGGGGCGUCCACCAACAAGAAGAAUAAAGGCGGGAAGACCCCUAAGGACCUGUUGGGGAAGCCUUCCGCUGAUGAACUCUUCUCCAUGGCGGAGAAAUGUGCUACAUCUGCGGCCGAGAAGAAGAGGGAGAUGCAGAUCAAACUCGAGGAGCAGCAGAAGGAGAUGACGAAGAAGUACGACUCGAAGGAGGCGGAGGCAGCCAACCUGCAGAAGGAAAACGGCGAGUUGAAGAAGGACCUUCAGGAAAAGGAAAAAGAAAUCAAAUUAAUGCAGGUGCGUAUAAAAGACACAGGGAGGGGUGAAGAGAAUGAAGAAGGAAAGGAGAGGAGAAGAAGAAAAGAGAAAGGUAACUGUGAUAUUAAGGAAGCCACAGACAACAUGGAAGAGGAAGCCGAGUACAAAAAUAGAAGACAUUCCUGUUUUCUUGCAGGAAAACCGAGGAGAGGAGAAGGAGAUCAGAAAAAGUAUGACUCGAAGGAGGCGGAGGCAGCCAACCUGCAGAAGGAAAUCGGAAAGAUCAAGAAGGAUCUUCAGGAAAAGGAGAAGGAAAACAAAUUAAAGCAG